AUGGAAGCAAAUGAUCUUUCGCACGAUCUACAAACUCAGUCAGUAGCAAAGGAGUGUGCUUUGGAAAUAUCAAAUAAUGCGCUUUUGGGCAGCAUAUCUUCGACUAAACCACAAAUUUUGCCAGAUACUUCAAUUUCCUCCAACAGCACUCCUACAGCCGAUUCCGCACCACGCAAUAUUCAUAUUCCAUACAUCCUGAAUGGGGAGCUCUUUGAAAUACAGACGCAAGACGGUGAGAAUGUAACUGUCAAAUGUUGCAAUUGUCCCCCAGAUCGUGUGUAUCGGGGUAGCGUGCGUUCAACAGGCAAUUUUCACAUGCACAUCAAGCGGCGCCAUCCAGAUUUAAUGGCGAAAAUCUAUGAUAUGAAAGUAAACGCUUUGGUUGAACGUAGAGAUCGCUUUCUUAAAAAUCGUAAAUCUACAAGGCGUCGAAAUACCAACAACAUUGCCAGGAAAGCGGCCACAUCGCGCAGUGGACAACGCUUGGUAUGUUCAUCGCAACCGUCUUUGGAACUAUUUAAGAUCAAAGCGGCCUUUCAACGACACCAACUACAACAGCAGCAGCAAAAUCAACAUCAACAAGAUCAAAAUCAAAGCCAACUUAAGAGUGAAAAAAGCCCCGAUAAUAUGCAUAAGUGGAAUAUGGUCGAUCACUUUCUGACUACACCUGCCUUUGAAAGAGCACAUAAUAUCACAAUAAUGGACACAUAUAAUGAGCAGCCACUCAAUUAUAGUCUAAAGGAAUGUACCAGUGAGGGUACCGUUGUUAAUAUCAACUAUACAGAGAGAGCUUCAGAGCUCGGUAUAAAAGAAGCUAAUACAACUACGAAUUCGUAUGUAAAUGAAAUGCCAGUGAGUAAAGCACUUAUGAAAUGCAUUGCCUUUAAAGAAUUAUAUACAUACAUGUGUAAAUAUAUAUUAGGUGACCAUGCCACUGAAACCAAAAGGAAAAUUUGCGCAGUAUAUGGUGAGGAUGCGGUUAGUGAGCGUGUUGUCCAAAUUUGGUUUUCAAAAUUUCGUAAGGGCGACACAAGUUGUGUUGAUGGACAACGUACUGGUCGUCCAGGUGUGGCAGAUAGUGAUAAAGUGAAAAUGUUAAUUGAAAGAAAUCCUCAUUUCACUACAAGAAAAAUUGCGGAAAUUAUUAGUCUAUCGGAAAAAACCGUUGCCGACUACUUACAACGCCUCGGAUAUGUACUUGAUGGCGAAGGCUGGCGCUUUGAUGAUUCUGCUCCAAAGUGUAAUGACAACGACAACCACACGCCACAUCUGGACAAAGAGAAAAGUGCUGUAAAAGCGGAGGUGUUCGGAUACUGCAACAAAGAAUUUGCAUACGAAGAAGAGUCGCUCAAUUGCGGUGUUCAAAUUACCCCAACGGAAGCAAACAUCUGUGCUCCUCGACCCCCAACAGACACAUUCAUAGAUUUUGCUUAUGUUGGAAACGAUAGCUACCACGGCAUCAACGAAAAAGGCAAAGAGAAUGAUAAUACUGGCAACACUGCUCCAAAUGUAUUACCUUCAUUUUCGGAGUACUUUUCUAAUGUUUAUACCAGUUACAUUAGAGGUGGCAGCGGAUAUUGUGCAAUCGAAAAUCGCAACAUCAACUCUGUGGAGGCCUUCAAUGGCGGAUAUCCGUUAAAGGGUUAUGAGUAAACUUCUAUCUAGUCAACAAAAAAAAAA